GAAGGAAGAGAACAGGUGUGCCGGGGAGGAGAGGGCGGAGCCGUCCCCUGAGUGCCCCGCCCCGCGCCCCCCACGUCGGCCCAUCAGCUGCCGGCCCAGCCCCUCCGGAGGUACCGGGGCCUCGCCCAGGACGCGGAUACGCCCACGCCCUCAAUCCUCCGUCCUUUUUUCCUACCCCUGCUGGUCCCAGGGCCCCCCUGGCUGGCUGGGAGUGAGGUGAAGACGCCGGGGAAGGGCAUCUGGCCGCUGAGCGGAAGGCGCCGUCCUCACCACGAAAACACAGUAAAGGCUCUGGACCGUGCUCUCUCCUCACUCCUGAUGCCUUUUGACCAAACCUGGUGCUUCCCCACGUGGCCCAGCAUGGUGUGGCAUGCCCCUGCUCUUGGAAAAUGGAGCCAGCACUUCAGCGGGACUCUGGCCUAGGGACAUCCCAAUGGCUCUGGGAGAAGAAAAGGUAGAGGUGGCAGCAUCUGCAGACACAAAGGCCCCGUCCUGUGGGAGGUGGAGCUGCAGGGAGCAGGAGGCGGACAGUCCGGGGCCCAUGGACAGGGAGCAGCUGCCACGCCUGGAAGCUGAGGGGGGGCUUGCCUCCCCUGUCGCGGGCACCGAGGGGCUCCCUGCCCUUGCCUGCUGUGGAGGGACUGACCCUGGCCCCUCUGGAGCCUCCCAGCCACAGGCCAGCAGGGCCAGCCAGGAGCCGGUAGCGGGUGGGUCUCAGCCUGCUCUUGGUUGCCUGCUUCCUCCUGCUGGCCUGGGGACCAGAGACCUGCACUCCGUGGGGAGCCAGAUGGAGGAGACUGGGCUUCCUGCCUCUAAGGAGCUACCUCAGACUCGCCCCAUCCCCAGAGUCUCCACUUUUAGCUCAGGACACGAUGCUGAUACGGAAGAUGACCCGUCCCCAGUUGAGUUGCCACAGGUGCUGGACCUCAGUCCGCAGUCUCGCAUCUCAGGCCUGCCAUUCCGGUCAAGGGGAAGGUCUGCCAUGAACCCGGGGGCCCUUGCUCCUCAGUCCUCCAGCUGCAGCGGCUCUGCUGCGUCCCUCAGCAGCAGCCUUCAGGGUCACCAGGAAAAGGUGGCGUCUCAGGGUUGCUCCCUGGCCCAGGUCUCCUCCUCCCUGGAGCUGGUCGUCCCGCCCUCAGGCCCCUCGGGGGUGGGGCCAGGGCCUCGGCUCCAGUGGUCGCCCCAGCCUGUGUCCUCUGGGGGCGAUGCUUCCGCGCUGGGCGGGAGGCGUCUAUCCUUCCAGGCUGAGUACUGGGCCUGCGUGCUGCCAGAUUCCCUGCCUCCCUCCCCCGACCGCCGCUCCCCGCUCUGGAACCCAAAUAAAGAGUACGAAGACCUACUGGACUAUACUUACCCACUCAGGCCCGGCCCUCGGCUCCCAAAGCACCUUGACAGCCACGUGCUGGCUGACCCUGUUUUGCAGGACUCAGGCAUAGACCUGGAUAGCUUCUCCAUCUCCCCAGCAAGCACCCUAAAGUCACCUACUAAUGUCUCCCACAGUUGCCCACCAGCAGAGGCGACUGCCUUGCCAUUCUCUGGGCCCAGAGAGCCAGGCCUUAAGCAGCGGCCCUCUGGAAUACCCCAGAAUCAGGGCAGUGUGGGGUUGGCAUCUUGUAGCCAUCUCACAUCUACGCCCAGAGCCCCAGGCAGCAGGGACACUCCUUGGGAGAGGAGAGAGCCUACCUUGAAUGGUGUGAAGGACUGGCCACCCGUGGACAAGCACCUUGAGCUGGGCUCUCCCCAUCUAAGGACAAGGGACAGAGAGUGGCCUUCACCCAGGCUGGAAGGAGAGAAAGGGGCCAGCCAGGGCUUCCGGCGCCUGGCCUGCACGGAGUCCAGAUGGAGGUCAGAAGAGGAGGUGGAAAGUGACGACGAGUACCUGGCCCUGCCCCCUCGGCUGACACAAGUUUCUAGCUUGUUUUCGUAUCUGACUUCCAUUCCCACCUUGGUGCCCCUGCUCACUGGCACUGCUGAAGGACAGAGCUCUCUGGAUGUGUCGGACAGUGAUGGGCCAGCUUCCCUCCCAUCAGACUCCAGCCAAAGCCAGCUUCCCUCUGGGGCUGCUCUCAGAGGGUCCGGGAGCCCUGGGGGCCAGAACCACAGUUUGCUGCGCUCCUUCCUCCCUGCGAGGGGCUCUGCGGGGGAGGGCAGUCUGGUGAGCAACCAGGCCCCAGGGGUCUCCUCUGGACCACUGAGAACACGCGCCUCCUUGCCGUCUGUGUGGGACCGGCGGGCAUUCUUGGAUCCAGAUGCUGAAGGGCAGCCUCCCAGGACAGGAAGAGAGCAGGGGAAAGAGUCACUCGUGCAGUGUGUGAAGACGUUUUGCUGUCAGCUGGAAGAGCUGAUCCGCUGGCUGUACAACGUAGCAGACGUUACCGACCACCUGACUCCGCCCAAGUCCAGUCUCAUAAGCCUCAAGUCUUCUCUGCAGCUUUACCGGCAAUUUAAGAAAGAAAUAGAUGAACACCAGUCUCUGACGGAGAGUGUCUUACAGAAAGGGGAGAUUCUUCUUCAGUGCCUGUUGGAUAAUACUCCAGUGUUAAAGGAUGUCCUCGGGAGAAUCUCCAGGCAGCCCAGUGAGCUGGAGAGCCACGCAGAUCACCUGUACGACACCAUCUUAUCCUCUCUGGACAUGCUGGCUGGCUGCACCCUCCUCCCUGACAGCACGCCAGUGGCUCACAGUAGCACCAGCGUGAAGGGCAUUAGCCUGGUAAGUGGAGCAACCCAAGAGAAGAGUCUGUUCCUGGACCCCAGUGCCAGGCUACGGUACCGAGCCCCUGCUCUGACAACUGACUGUUAGAACCUUACUGAGCUAAGAGCUGCUGAAAUAAGUGAGAUACUGGGAGAGCCCCGGGUCCUGAAAAAGGGAGAUGCUCCAUUGCCAGGAACAGGGUGGGGGAAGGGGGAACUCCUGUGGUGAGGAACGCUUACUGCGGUGGUCUCCGUUACUCAGUUUCACCUCUGUGCUUCCACUGUUUUUUUGGCAGAUCUGUCACCCACCCCCAAAUUUAUCAAUACCUGCUUUUUAAUGCCUGCACACGUACGCUCCUCCAGUACAGAGCCAUUAACAGGCUGCCUCUGCUCUGCAGUCCUCUCCCCCACCUCAUUUGGUACUCCAUCUCCGAGCAGCUCUGGACAGCAGCACGUGCCCACAGGGAUCCAGAGUUACUGAUAACUCCCCAUACCUCCUUUUCCCAAAAAGGCUCUGCAAGUUUUCCAUAGUCCCUUCCAUAAAGGGCUAGGGGAGUAGAUGGGAGUACCAUACCUUGGAGAUGCAACAGUACAAUUUCCUUUUCAUCUCUGAAAGGUCAAACAGGAAUGAUAAGAAAGGGGGUGCUAAGAGCAGAGGGGUUGGUGUCACUGGAGUUACCACUGCCCAACAUGAUUCCACAACAGGAGCAUACUUUCUCUGAAACUUUCUCUCCUACAACCAAAAUGUGCUGUUCAACUCAGGUUUUUCAGGUGAGAGUUCACUGUAGACAAGAGAGGGUAAAAGGAUAUAAAUUCCUGGUGUGUCAGGAGCAGCAAGUCCCUGUAUUUGUACCAAAUAAAUUUGAGCAGUGGUCAUUUCAGUGCUAAAGUGAAUGCAGGUGACUACUGUGUCAUUUCUUCCUCUGCAGCAUUCUGCCUGUAACAAGCUUCUCUUUCUCUUUCAGGCGUCUUCUCAGGCAGAGAUGUAAUCGGUCAGCCAAAACCUGGCUAGUAGGAAACUUGCAGGAAGUCCUUGUGAGAGCCAUUUAACAAUGAAAUCAAGGGGGAAACCUAACUCUAAUGUACUAGCUUUAAAAUGCCUUUCUCUUCCCUGAAGUAAGGGCUAUUGAGUUACUAUUUUUAUUUAAAAUGAAUCCUUCCAAACUAAGGUUUUCCUUUUGGUGCUUCUCUACAUAGAGCACGUAGCUUUGCAGUUUUUGAUAAAUAAUGCCAAUGAGGCUUAAAGGUCUUUCCUCCUCCUAUCCAGUUAAAAAGAGGAGACAGCUUCUGUAACUAGUCCACCUGCUGAGAUCAUUUAAAGAAGGCUGGCAUGAGAAAGAAGGUACCAAAUACUUGGUAUCUGCAGGCACACAGGAGGAUCCAGGAGACUGAAAAAAGUGAAUGGUCGGCCAGGUACUUGGAACUUCACAAAAUGAAGCUUAGGCUUUAUUAUAAAUCCCUCUUUGAAGGUUACAGAAGAGACUUUAACUCUCCCAAUUAAUAGAAGUUUCUGAACAGAUCUCUCUACAAAUUAUUUUGGGCUGUUAGCAUACCUUUUAUCAUCUUAAGGGCCUAGGGCUCCAUCUGCCUGCCUAGCUAAUAUCUCAAAGGAAAAUGUGUCAGGGACUUAGGGAACUGCUGCUGAGCUUCCGCAGGGCUCUGGACUGACUGAUCUACCUUAAGGGUACCUCUAGGAGGAGGCAGCCUCCAUUCCUGCUCUCCCUUGGAGGAGUGGUCAGGUCAGGGAAGGCCGUGGACAGAAUCACACAGUCCGGUUAACUAUAGAAACUAAGGCUGUCAAAAGUGAAGGAAAAAAGGGAAUUCUUUGUUGCUUUGGGAGUUGACAUGUAAGUACCUCAGAGAAAAAAAUCUGAUCAACCACUUAAAGCCAAUUCUAUGGCUUUUUAAAGAAAAAUGAUCAGCUAUUGCUAGGAACCACAGAUUUUGCAUAAAACUAAGAAAAAAAAAGGCACUUAAAAAAAAAGUUCUGUUGGGCCAUGAAUGAAUAUGGAAGGAGGAAGCACUUUUUCCCCCGUGUAUUUUCAGCACUACAGUGGGCUAAUAAGCCUUAAGGAAGGGGUUCUUCACACUUAAAUACCUUUUUUCAAACUCCAGAUUCACAUUCAAGGAGGGCGCUUAAGAAAGGAAGAUCUUUUAAGUUUAUACAGAAAUGAACAAGUCAUCUGAACCCAGAGCAAGUGACAUUAGAACAAUUAUUUUCAUAAAGCAGACUGUCUCUCAGGACAAAAUAUUUAAUACAAAAUUACCCUUGUUAAAAGAAGUUUAGAGGAAGAAGUGGUAGAGCGCAUGCUUAGCAUGCACAAGGUCCUGGGUUCAGUCCCCAGAACCACUUCUAGAAAUAAACAAACCUGAUUCCCCCCCCAACCAAAACAAAAGGACUUUUAGGGCUUUAGUUUUGGGGGCUGAACCACAUAAUCUUAACAUCAUCUCAUCCACCUCCAUAUGCAGUAAAAUCCUAUCAUUAAAUGUGACUUCCCCGCUUUAAAAUUUCUCAGACUUUAUACUGGAAAAUAAGCUGUUAAAUUCUAAUACUUAACAAUUAAGGAAAAAAUAUAAAAUUCAACAGUAGCUGUAUAAAGUGCAGUGUUUCAGGUGCCUCUGCUAUUCUGGGAUGACUUACCAUAAUGCUUAAGGGCAUGAUCAGAACUAAGCUGCGUAUUAGGAUUCUGCCAGCUCCACUGUAAUCUUGGUUCCGUACAUAGUGAGAUUUAGAAAGAACACCUUAGCAUAUCAUUAUAUAUGUAAAAUCCUCUUAAAAGCCUAGAACUGGUUAAAAAGACAUGUCUAAUGGCCUCUGUUCUUAAAUUGAUGUAUUUCACCUUCUCUUAGAGCUAUCAAUUGGUACAUGUCUUUCCACUGAGUAUGUUACAGGAUAGCCCUUGGGAGUAUUUACUAACAUUUGAUAGACAAGAAAAUAAGUCUCUUACUUAGCAAAAACUGAAGAUGACAACCCUUUAUAAUAAUGAAUAGCUGAACAUGCCAUUCUGCCAUUCAACCUAAUAAUUAUAAUCAGCUUCAACUGACAGAAAUUUUCAGAGUAUUUUACUUCAGAGUACCCUGUUUCCCAAGAAAGUACUACUUUACCUAGAGAUGACCUAAGAUAUUUUUGUUCACUUCCUUUGAAAUAAGGUGUGACUGAAGGGUGCCUACUCUGGACCUGGUUGUGAAUGCCGCUGAAGAGUAUCAGUACAACUUAAUGUCAUCUUCGGCAGCGCUGUAAGAAGUUUAAGACCUCCCUUAAAAAACUCAAGCUGAAACGGUUUCCGCCUCGGAAGAUGCUGCCAGCAGCAUUCCACGAGCAAACGUGGCCAGGCUAGAUUCAAACAGCCUGGCUGGCCAGUGUGCUGUGGUACACGUUAGCCUUGACAGCAGUGGCUUACAGUGACAUAACGUGGUUACGAAAUUCCAACUUUACUUGCAGCAAAUUUUCUUAGUAGUUCCCUUUAAAUUAAUAGAACUUAAGUCCACUGGAAUCUGGCAGUACUAGAACCUGGGCUGGCAGUUUGAAAACCUGGGUUCUUGUCACAGCUCCCUGGUUAAGCUGAUCUGCAAAUAGGAGACAGUGUCAAUACAGGACUGUUUUAAAGCUUAAAUGGGAUCAUAAAGAAGGGCUGAUAUAAAAUACAAUGCAAUGGUAACAUAUAUGCUAAAGGAGGUUUGGUCCAAGGUCAAAGAACAAGUAGUUACUACUCAGACCAGAACAGCUAUCAUUCUGCAAGGAUUUUCCAGAGACUGCUUAGAUUUAGAAAACUCUUCACAUCUGUAAGGUAACUCAUGGUAGCCACUUACAUUUAAAAUAUAGCAAAGCAUUAAUUUCAUUUAUUGAGUGAACAGACUAUUAAAGCCCAUAGUAGCUUGAAGUGUUUGUACUUGAAAAUGGGGAUAGGAAUGGGAAUACAUUUUUUUUUUCAAAACUGCAUUUAUGGGUAAAUUCAUAAAAGCAGAUAGCGAAGCAUGGCAAGACAUCUUGCAGUAAGCCCCAGUCUCGACUGCCAUGGGGGAAGGAACACUGGAAUUUUCAAAACUCAGUAAGUAUGUAAAUAUGCCCACAUCUUAAAUUCAUGUAAUGUUUUUUGCUAACUCACAAGAAUAAGCUGACAGUUUGAACAACUUGCUGUAUUAAAAAACCAAAGUGUAUCACACUAACAUUUGUAUCACUCAUCUACUUUAAAAAAUAGUUUCUGAAUUCUUUUCCCCUUUAUACUAUAUUGAUAAGGCAAAAAAACCCAAAAAAACCCCAAAACCCAAACCUUUUGAAGCAUUAAUAAAAAAUUUCACCCAAAUAACUACUGGUAACUUGAGAAAUUUUUCAGUUGCCUUAUGUGAGGAUGAAUAGAUCCAACAAGCACAUCUAUAAUACAAAGUAAACUGUGAUUUUAUUGUGAAAUUCUCAUAGAUGGAAAAUUAAAUUGAAUAUUUAUUCUGUCCAUUUCAUUUUACAAUAAUCUUAACCACUUAUUUUUGUACCAUGUAUUUCAAUUGCCUGUUUAGUGAAAAUAAAGAAACCUAUAAUUUUUG